CAGACGAUGAAUGACAGAAUCGUUAACGAAUAGUUGAAAUAAUUUGCGGGAAAAGCUGGACAGUUUCACUGUUUAACGCGUUGGUCGAUUCUGGGGCCGUAUAUCAGGCCGUACGUUAAGUAGUGCAUUUUGGAACGUGGUGCGAAGUUACUGGAAGAUUCGUAGCAGCGCAAGUACAGCAAGUACGACAGCGGGACAGUAGUCAUUGGUACAUAGUUACUGCAUAUUAAAAGUGCGACGUUGAUAAAUACAAUUUUUAAUUCCCGUGUCGGCGUAUUUAAUUUUUUCCGAUAUGUCAGACUGGGAUACCGCUCCUAUAACUCUGCGAAAGCGUCCCCCAAAAGCCUCCGUACUUAAAUCUGAACAGGCGGUUAAUGCGGCACGUCGUCAAGGAUUUGCGAUCGAAACACAAGCGAAAUGGGGUGGAGGUACAAACAAACAACAUGUGGCAACUAAAAAUACAGCUAAAUUAGACAGGGAAACGGAAGAACUGAAACAUGACAAAAUCCCACUUGAUCUUGGCAAAUUAAUUCAACAAGGCAGGCAAAGUAAAGGAUUAUCUCAGAAAGACCUUGCGACAAAAGUAAAUGAAAAAGCACAAGUCAUCAACGAUUACGAAGCAGGUAGAGGAAUUCCAAAUCAAAUGGUGAUCGGAAAAAUCGAGCGAGUGUUGGGGAUAAAAUUGCGCGGUAAAGAUCGUGGGAAACCUUUAUCGAUGCCAGGAAAUAAAAAGUGAACCUCGGCCAGAAGAUUCUCCACUUCUUACCUUUAUAUAUUGUUCCCUAAACAGAAUUGCAAGAAACGACUUUAGGGCCAAGAACCUCCCACCCUUUUUACCCUUUUGGUUACUUUACAAUAAAAAUAUGUUAUUUUAUUAAAUAUAUAUUACUGUACAUCAUACAAUAGGUUGUUAUAGUAUGCGUUUAUGUAUAAAAUACAAGAAGCACGUUUCUAUUUAAUUUUGAUAAAACUUGUGUUCAGUCUCUGUCAAGGUGCAAAGCACUCGAUUAUUUAUAUGUACUAUUGCGUAACUGGAAAUUAUUAUUGUGAUAUAUAA